AUGAUUAAGAUAGUGUUCUCAGUUUGUAUCUUCUUUUUUUACUGCAAUACAUCGUGCAAUACACUUCGAGAAUAUAAAAAAGACGAUGUUUUAAAACUUAGGGAAGAAGUACGGGAAAUGUUUCAACAUGCCUAUGAUAGUUAUUUACAUUAUGCUUAUCCCUAUGAUGAACUGCGUCCACUUAGCUGUGAUGGAGUGGACACUUGGGGAAGCUAUUCACUUACCCUCAUUGAUGCACUUGACACCCUAGCGAUUAUGGGGAACUACACAGAGUUCAACAGGGUAGUUGAUAUUGUACUCCAGAAAAAGGAUUUUGAUGCAGACAUAAAUGUUUCAGUUUUUGAAACCAAUAUCAGAAUAAUUGGUGGCCUACUAAGUGCCCAUCUACUCUCCUAUAAAACUGGAAUGAAGUUGGAACCAGGCUGGCCCUGCAAUGGUCCACUUUUACGUUUAGCCGAGGAUGUGGGACAGAGGCUUCUUGCAGCAUUUGACACCACAACUGGCAUGCCAUAUGGAACCAUCAACUUACGGUCGGGCGUUCCACCAGGAGAGACAAGUGUGACAUGUACAGCAGGAGUGGGAACGUUUAUCAUUGAAUUUGGAACCCUCAGUCGUUUAACGGGAGAUCCAUUAUAUGAAGAGGUAGCAUAUAACGCCCUCAAAGCAUUGUAUCACCAUAGAUCUCCUAUUGGCCUACUAGGGAAUCACAUAGACGUGAUGACAGGCCGCUGGACAGCGCAGGACGCUGGCAUUGGAGGCGGAGUUGAUUCCUACUAUGAAUAUCUUGUUAAAGGAUCCAUAUUGUUGGAGAAGCCGGAGCUCAUGUCUAUGUUCGCGGAGGCACGGCAGGCCAUAGACAAAUACUUGAAGAAAGAUGACUGGUUCGUAUGGGCCACCAUGCUAAGGGGCCACGUCACACUGCCAGUGUUUCAGUCGCUGGAGUCCUAUUGGCCGGGGCUGUUGAGUUUGAUAGGUGAAAGCGACACAGCCAUGCGAAUAAUCCACAACUACCACAGCAUAUGGAAACAGUAUGGUUUCACACCGGAGGUUUACAACCUGGGUACUGGAGAGGCUUCCUCUACCAGGGAAAGUUAUCCUCUGCGGCCUGAGCUGAUAGAAUCCAUCAUGUAUCUCUAUAGGGAGACCAGAGACCCUAUAUUACUGCAAAUGGGCGAAGAUAUCCUGAGGAGUAUUCAGCACAGCGCUAAAACUCACUGCGGGUACGCUACGAUAAAAGACGUCCGCGACCACCGCAAAGAGGAUCGCAUGGAGUCCUUCUUCCUAGCGGAGACUACCAAAUAUCUCUACCUGUUAUUCGACCCGGACAACUUCAUCCAUAAUCCGGGCGUACAGGGAACGGUCAUAGACACACCUAGCGGGUCUUGCGUCGUAGAUGUGGGCGGGUACAUAUUCAACACCGAGGCUCAUCCUAUAGACCCCACCAUGCUAUACUGUUGCCACGAAGCGAGGCAGGGAAUAAACAUCAGCGAAGUACACCGAAUAUAUCAGAUUCUUGAAGAAGAGGAUAACAUCCAAAUAAUGACUAUGAUAGAUGCUACGACAAAUAUAAAUGUAACGAACAAAACGGAAAGUCAAACAGAAGCGAAAUUUGACGAAACCAGCAAUAUCACUACUGAAAAUGUCUCGGAGGAAAACAAGAAAGAUCAGAAUCAAGUUCUCAUAAAAACAGAAACUAGAACUGGUUACGUCAACAUCGAUGGGACGGAAAGAGAAAAGAUAAAAAAUAACGAUUCCACUUUGAGAGGUAUCGUGAAGGAACGCAUCACCAGUUAUUAUAACAACAGUAAUCUGAAUACAGAAGAUAAUAAGGAAGUUUCAGAAACAGACAAGAAUAACUCUAAACCAGAACCAAAUACUACUGUGGAAGUUGAUGACAUAAUUGUCGCACAGAAGCCACAGGACACAUUACAGCCUCCGAGUGUUACGAAAGUAAAAGAGGCAUACAAGUUGUUACCGAAAGUUAUACAAGAGUUCCUAAAUAAGGACUGGAAAAGCAAACCGAAAUGUGAGCCUCAGCAUAUGCUGGAAAGAAUACGAAGGGAGAACAGGUACCCUGAUCACCCAGAUAUGAACAAAUAUGAGCUGUUACUUACGCCGGCGCCUUCGUUUCUGCAAAGGAUUUCUUUAGCAGGAGAAUUUCUGAGCAAAAAGCAGUUACAAGUUUAG